UCAGCUCUAGUCUGACAACGUUCUGUCGCUAACUUAUAACGAAUGUCAAUGCACAACAUAAUUGUAAAUAUUAACGCUUUAAAUGCGCAUAUCCUUUCUUUUCAGCCUUAGAAUAUCAAAUGCAGCUCUCUGGUUGUAAUAGUGAGCGAAUUAACUGAACGUAAACACUGCAAUGGCUAAUUAAUAGUUCAGUUUUGGAUAUGAGAGUUUUACGUUCACUGUUGUGCUCCUCUGCUCCGCUACUCGGUGUUUUUCGUGUUCGUUUCUGGGACCCUAGGGUUUCUAAACGGAAAGCAUGGUUGUCCUUAUCCGUCCAGCGUUGGUGCACUUCGGAAGCUUCUGGGUUGUCAUCCGAUCAUCUGAGCUCUGGAUCUGACAAGUACCAGCAAUUAAAGAAGCAUUUUGUAAGGAGACUGAAGGCAACAUACCACAGGUUCCACAGUAUACCUGAUUACUCCGUGGUGUGCGGGUGUCACCAUGUGUACUUCAUCAAAGCUGACGGCAUCUACAGAAUAGACAAAAGAGAUUGUACUCCAGAGCCUGAGCAGGUGUUAAAUCUGGAACAUGCAUCGAGGGCUGAAAGGAGGACGAGAGCUGAGAGUGAAGGGAGGGUUCAGUGGACAAUUCAGAGAAUUCGUCUGUCUCCACAUGAAAAGCAUCUCGCCGCUACACUGAAAUGUUGUCACACAGAAGAGCUCAAGUGUGUUGUUGUGAGACUUGGAGAGAGAAAUACUUCCAUUUUGCCCCCCCACUACAUCCUUCUGGAGCUACAGAGCGUCUUCAGCUUUGAGUGGGCGACGGAUGAUGUCCUGUUUUACACAACUCUGGAAGGCCUGAGCUCCAGCUCCGUGUUUCGCCUGGACCUCGCCUCCGAAGGCAGCGGCAAAGUGACGUCAGUGUACGAGGAAACUCAGCCUGAUGUGUUUGUGGAGGUCGCCCUGUCCAGAGACCGACAGAUCCUCACCAUUAACUGCAACAGUAGAACAAGUUCAGAGGUGAUGCUGAUUGAUGUGACAAAGUCCCGUUUAGAGCCUUUUGUGAUUCGGCCUCGUCAGCUGGACCUCCUCUACCAUGUGGAGCACUGGAAAGGAUCGCUCCUUAUACUGGCUAAUACUGGGCCAGGACAGGAGUACCAGGUGAUGCAAUCUCCCACAUCUGAGCCGUCAACGGCUUCGUGGGCGUCUUUAUUUGUCCCUAAACCUGACUCUGCAAUCAAAGACAUGGACGUAGUUGGAGACUACUGUUUGUUGGUUCUAAAGACACCAGCUAAUGAACUCGCUUUGAGCGUGAUGUCACUGCGCAAUCCCAAAGAAACAUACAUUAUAGAGCUCCCCUCCUGGGCUUGCUCUAUUGAAACCAAGAAACCGGGCUUGGCAGACCGGCAAGACGUGUUAGAAUUCCUGUUAUCGUCUCCCGUCCACCCACCCGUCCCAUUCUCGCUGGAUCCUGAGAAAGGACUCCUGCUGUCAGACCCAGGGACUCAGACCCACUCUGAGAGUCACGACAAGUACGUCACCACACGCUUGAAGGCCUGCAGCCAAGAUGGCACUUUAGUGCCGGUGACGCUCCUCCAUGCCGUACCUGUGGAGGAUCUGAGUCAGGCGCCUUUGCUUGUACAUGUAUACGGAGCUUAUGGUAGAGACCUCAGCAUGGAGUUCUGCCCAGUGAGGCGUUUUCUGUUGGAGCAAGGCUGGGCGCUGGCCUACUGUCAUAUUAGAGGCGGGGGGGAGCGCGGCCUCUCUUGGCACAGACAAACCCGGGUGGAAGGGAAGCGGAGGGGAGUGGAGGACCUCCAGGCGUGUCUCCAGAAGCUUUUCUCUUCGGGAGUCUCCUCUGCUUCACUCACGGCCCUCACAGCCUGCAGUGCUGGAGCCGUGCCAGUGGCGGCGCUGUGCAACUGGAAGCCAAACAUGAUGCGUGCUGUGACGCUGCAGGCUCCUUUCCUCGAUGUGUUGGGAACCAUGGAGAAAGCUGAUCUGCCUCUGACUGUGGAGGACAGAGAUGAGUGGGGCGACGCAGUGGGAAACCCGAAUCACAGACACAUCAUCGCUUCAUACUGUCCCCUUCACAACAUCACUCCUCAGCGCUACCCAUCUAUGCUGCUGACAGCCUACAGCGGUGAUCCCAGGAUUCCUCUGGAAGGAGUCCUCAAAUACGCCAAAUAUAUAAAGAAAGCCAUUCAUACGCACUUAAACAGGAAGCAAAAUGCAGAUUGUGAAUCGGCACCAAGCAUAGUUCUGAACGUCCAACCAGGAGCAAACCAUCUUGGGCCUGAAGACUUUGUUCAGAUGCUGGAAGAGUAAGUCGUCGGCGUGCCAGGGAGGGUCAGUAGCAUCAGGUUGAUGGCACGAACAUACAUCCGACCGGCACUGGAGCCAAUUCUAGGCCUAUCAUGAUUUCCGACCUGGUUGCAGUGGAGGUAAGAGGUGGAGAGGCGAAUGAGACUGAGCUGAGUGGAUCACAGAAGACUUUACCUGAUAGGUUUUCAUAAUCGGUUACUGUAUUAUGCUUUUAUGGUAUAAAGCACUUUGAAUUGCUUUGUUGCUGAAAUGUGCGAUACAAAUAAACUUGACAUGUCUUUAAGAACGCUAUAUAUCUGCACUCGGUUCACUCAACAUGUACAAAUAUUAAGAAGACUCAUUUGAAUACCCGGGUGAUAAAAUAGAUGACCCUUAUCCAAACCAGCUGCAGCAUUGAAAAGGACUUUGCUGUUUGUGAUCAUAAAUGCUGAAAACGCAACAUCAUCUUUGUUAUCAUAAGCACGUGUCUCUUUCUUCUUAUCAGAAGAGAAUCUGGAUCUUAUCUUUUUUAUAUUUAUUUGUACAAUGUUGAAUAAAUUGCAACACACUUGAAAGGGCA